UGAAGAUAUGCAUGAUCGACAUGGUUUAUGGCCUCUUCGCGGCCUUCUUCGUGUUCGCCCAAUAUGGACAUUUGGCUGACGUGCUCGAUGAAGACAUCGCUUACGUUGCCACUUCGGCCACACGAGGACUGGAGUACGUGUUCGUGACGUUCCCCGAGACAAUAGCAACGCUACCAUACACGCGGUUUUGGGCACUGGCUUUCUACGUUCUGGUUGCUACAAGCGCUCUCGGGCCAGAGGAACAUGGCGGCGAUUACUAAAGCACCGUUCACGGUAAUUUGCGCGUUAGCACUUGCGCUAACAAAUGUUCGCGCUGAAGGGAAGCACCAACUGGAGCGCAGUGUUGGGGAUGCUUUCCAGGUAUGUGCGUUCAGUUGUUCCUGC